AUGUGUGGGGUGACAACAAAAAUCAACAGCUAACAACUACUUUUAAGGACCAGGCCUAGUUAAAUCAGAUUGAAGUAUAAGACUUAAGAAUAUAAGGCAAAGAGUGUCGUAUGCGGGCCAAACUUUACCUUUGUGUUAGCAAGCAAUAAGCAAAAACAAUAAAUCAACCUUGAUGAAGAUGAACAAGAGAUAUUAAACCCCCUGAAGGAAAUUCUCAAAAGAAAGGGAACAUUGGCUGGAUUUUUCGGACUGAUAGGGAAGAAGCGUUCAAAAUAUUCGAGUAAGCAAUAAGACAUUGACCCCCAUGGAAAGGGCUAAAUGCAUAGCUUUCUAAACUAAGAGAGCGAGUCUGAACAAGAACAAGACGAGGAUGAAGUCUUAAAAACUGAAGAAGCUGAGGUGCUUCAUGUUAGCAGAAAUUAAUUUAUUGAUAGCAUAGAGAGAGCUCAGUUCACUCAGAAGAAAAACAGAAUCCACUUUCUGGCUGAUAGGCUAAUAGAAGAAAGAAAAGACAUUGGCGAGAAUAUUUUACUUGGAGAUAUUGAAGAUUAUGCUCUUGGAUUUAGAUAAGGUGCAACUAAAGUAUUUGCUUUUGGCUAAGGACAUAAAAGGAUAUUUGCUUUUUAAAAGAAACUUGAUGAUAUGUAAUCAGAAGAUGGACAUUCUGAUGUAGAUUAAGAUGAUGAUAAUUAUAGAUAAAAGCAUCUCUAGAAGUAAUAUUUGAAUGAGGUUAUUAUAAUUGCCAGACCUACAGCCAUAAAAUUUCCAAAGCACUCCAGACCUAUUGUUUAAAUUGCUUGUGGUUCGGCUCAUAUAUUAGCAAUAACUGAGAAUUUAGAAUUAUACUCGUGGGGAUUUGGAUAAUACGGAGCUCUUGGAUUUGGAACUAGAGAUGAUGUCAUAGAACCUAGAUUAUUAGUUAUUGAAAAAAACGAUUAGAUAUACUCUAUUGUUGGAGUUGCUUGUGGAAAAUAUCAUUCACUAUGUGUGACUGACAAGAAAAAAGUAUUAUCUUGGGGAAUGGGGUAAGGUGGAAGACUUGGACAAGGCGAUGAAGAGGAUAUAUUAAUUCCAAAAGACAUUCAUGAACUUUCAAAGAAGAAAAUAAUAUAUGUUUCUGCUGGAGAGAGCCAUUCAGCUGCAAUCACUGAAAAGUUGUAGCUGUAUACAUGGGGAAAUGGAACUUACGGAAGAUUAGGCCACGGAUUAGACAUCAAUGAGAAAAAACCCAAAUUGGUUGAAGAUUUAGAUCAGAGUGAAGUUAUUCAUGUCUCGUGUGGGGCUUUUCAUACAUUAGUAGUAACUGGGCAAGGCUUUGUAUACGCUUUUGGUUAAAAUAAAUAUGGCAAACUCGGAAUAAAUAGAAAACAAAGAGAAGGGAUAUUUGCGAGACCGGACAGAAUAAGUUUCUACAAAUUUUCAACUGAGCAAUAAGAUAUGCUCGUUCAAGACAAGAAUGAAGCUUUGCUUAUAUCUGCUGGUUAUAAUCAUUCAAUAUGCUUGUCCAGAUCAGGAAAAAUAUAUUCCUGGGGUUACAAUGGAAAGGGUAUUUUAGGAAGAUAAAAAGGCUUUGAAGAGCACAUACCACUAGAAAUUGGCUAAAUACCUGGAGAAAUUUUAGCGAAACUUCCCAACUGUGGAUCUCUGAAUACUGUUUCAUUAACUAAUGGAGGAGAAGUCUAUGUAUUUGGAAGUAAUGCAUACGGACAGCUUGGAAAAGAUAAGGAACAUGGACAAAAUAAGAAAUAAAGAAGACAAGAUCAAGAUUAAAAUGACAUGUAGAAUAUGAAUGAGAUUUCAGAGCAUAUGGCUUUGAUCAGAUUUCCAGGAGAGUCGACUGUGAGAAUCAAUUACAUUGCUUGUGGAGGUGAGCAUAUAUUUGCCAUAUCAAGAAUGAAUGAACUAUUUGGAUGGGGAAAAAAUGAUGAAGGCUAAAUAGGAUUAGGGUUUGUGAGUGACUUACUAUCUGAACCAGCUUUGAUUAAGGAUAUAGCUCAUAAAAAUAUAUAAAUGAUUGGCUGUGGAGAUAAUUAUUCAGCGGCAGUGUUUGUUACAGGAAAUUUAGAGGGAGGAAAGCUAGGUCUAGGGUAAGCAAUGAAAAAAGGGUUUAUCCUCAAUUUUACCUUGAUAUAAGGACUUGCUCCCAUUAAAUUUAUAGCAUGUGGUCCAAAUCACAUGCUUGCCAUUUCCGAGUAUAAUCCAGAUGAAAAUGAGAUCAAGGAUGGAAUGUGCUAUGCUUGGGGCAAAAAUUAUAAGGGGCAACUUGGUAUAGGGUCUAAAGAAGACUCUAAUGUACCUAGAAAAAUUACUAAUGCAAAGGAAAGAUUCAAAAAAGUAGCCUGCGGUUAUGAUUUCUCGAUUGGACUCUCUAUUAACAAUCAGAUUUAUAUGUGGGGGAAUAGCAAAUAUUACUGUGACUCAAAGGUAGUUAAAGACAUAGAAAUUCCUUAGCUGUUGUAAUCAAUGGACACUGCCUAAAUCAAAGAUAUAACUUGCUCCUAUAAGUAUUGUACUGCUCUAAAUGACAAAGGUGAAAUAAUGAUAUGGGGCUAGUUCUUAAUUGACAAAAUGAAACAGAAAGCUAAGAAAGGAAAAGGAUAGACUGUGUCAAACUAUACUGUUCAAAAGUUCCCAAUGAGAAAGUUUGAUUUUUUGAUGGAAUCAUUAAGUACUGGGCCAAAUCACUCUGCAGCAGUCAGUGUGAAAAAAUCAUUAUACUCAUGGGGUCACCCAGAAGGAGGAAGAUUAGGAUUGAGUGAAAAAGAAUUCAAAAAUGCUAAAUUAGAGCCUAUCUUAGUCCAAAAUAUUCAUGAUUUAAUGCAGAAAAAUAGGCAAAACCUAAAAGAAGGAAGAGGAGGUGCUGAUGAAGACAUAAAAACUAUUUAAUUUGACCAAAACAAUGAAAUGAUUUAAGAAGAGCAGAAGCAUAACAUGAAUAAUAUGGAGGAAAAGAAAUAGUAGGAGAAAUAUGUCUUAAAAGAUGACUAUGACCAGAGAAUAGAUUCUCAAUAAAAUGAGGAAAAUAAGCAUGGUGAAUUUGGAUAAAAUGCAGAAGAGGAAGAAGAUGCAAUUGGAGAUAUUGAUGAUAUAGAAAACUAAAUCAUUCAAGAAUAAGAAGUUCCUCUAGAGAAGCUGAAUCUUGUCUCACUUUCAAGAUAGCAGAGCCUUGUUGAAUCGCAUAUAUUGCUUUAGAAAAUCCUUAAGAAAGAGAGGGCUGACCAAUUAGAUGAAAAUUAUAUCUUGAAGUACGAUGAUGAACUGAUGAAAGAAAUUGACAUGCUUCUAACUUAAUUUAAACAGUAUAAGAGUUUAGAAAAGGAAAGGCAAAAUAUUUUAACUCAAAUAGAAAGUGCAUUUCUAACUAGAAUAAACGAGACGCCAUUUUUAAUAUAGCCUAGACAGAUUUAAGAUGCAGUAGAAUAGAAAAUUCAAAGUUUUAAGAAAUAGAUUAAACAAUUCUUGACCAUUUUACACAUCCACCCCUGCUACCUUAUAAAGCUAUACUCUUCUUAAUUGAUACAAUAAAAAGAGUACCAAAGAUUUUUCAAGGAAAUAUACUCUUAUCAAAAUGAGAGAGUUAACUAUCUGUAAAUGGCAGCUUGUUAAGGUAUCAUAGAAUAUGAAAUCAAAGGCUGUAAAAGUUUAGAGGAAGUUAAUUUUCUAAGCAAAGAUUCGGUGGUUGGAAAAAUAGUAAAACUAAUUUUUAAAUCAUAGGAGACAAACAUUGACACAGUAUGCUCACUAGCUUGUCACAUCAAUAUCCUCCCAAAAAGAGCAAAAGAUCUAUUCUCAUUUAUUGAAGAGGUUAUCAAAGACUUAAUGGAGAAUGAAGUUUUGUAUCCCUAGUCAUCCUAUUUUAUUCCUAAAAAGUAGCAUGUUGAUGAUAUCAAUUACAAGAAAUCUCUGGCUAUUCAAGGCUAGGAGUAGUUAUAGAAAUUAGAAAGUUUAAGAUUCAGUCCGGAAAUAUCAUAUUUAGCUGAGUUAAUAUCUAAAAAAUUAAGAGAAAUACCUAGCAAGGGAGCUGUAGAUGAUUAGAUAAAUUCAAAGAUUCUUUCUUUGAUAUUUGGAAUGAUAGACAAAGUUUGGAAGAACUACGAAAUAUAUCUAUUUCCGUACAUAAAAACAGUUAAAGGGCUUUCAAUCAUUGAAGAUGUGAUUAAUAAGACUCAUUUCAACAAUCUAGAAAAUAUAUUUUCAGUUUUCAACUGCUUCUUUAGGAACGAAUCUGCAUUCCCAGAAUUCAUACAGUCUGAUCAAUGGUGUAAAGAUUUCAACUUAAAAUUGAUACAUCUUCAAUAAUCCACUAAAGGUAUUAUAUUAACUCGGAUUAUUGAUAAGAAUCCUAUGAAGCAAAUUAGUUUCAAAAAUUUUGAAAACCUAAUCUUGCAUUCGCUGGAGAGUGAAGGGCAUACUAUUACAAUAAGAAAUAAGUCACUAGGAAAGAUGAUAAACUUAUUUAAGGAAAAUAGCAAUAAACUAUCAUAAGUGUAGCCAGUUACUAAUGACCCACUAUAUUAAGUCUUAGAUAAAAUAUCUGAUGAUUACAAAACUUUGAUAAAAUGUAAAAAGUAUGAAAAAACAAACUUUAAGCUUAAAACAAGACUUCUAAUUGAAGACGAUAAUAUGAUAGCAAGUAGAUGCAAUAGGUGUAAUGUAAUCUUAAUAUAAAAGUAUGCACCACCUGAAAGUGUAUCUAUUCUUGAAAAAUAUAAUCCUGAAGAUUCUUAGUCACUAGUUGUUCAGUAUUGCAAUAUCUUAAAGCAAAUUCAAGACAUUAAUAAAACUGAAAGCAUCACUGAGUAUAUUGAGAAAAUCUACAAUCAUGCUAAGAGAAAUGCAGCCUUCGAUCUUGCAAAUAGAAUGCUAAAGUUCCUUAAUUAGGUGGAACAAGAAGUUCAAAAUGUCCUAACUAAGAAUUCUACAAACUAAUAAAUUGGAGCACAGGAACAUAGUGAGACUAAAAUCAAAGAGUAGAUAUAUCUCGAGAUUUAGAAAUUGGCUGAGAUAAAGAUAAACGAGAGAAGAACUAGGAAAUAUGAUUUAACUCUAAUUCAGAGAAGAAUCUAAAAUGUCCUGAAAAAGAAAAUCUAGGUCAAAGUUAAACAGAUUUCAGAAAAGGAGAUUAUGCUUUAUAAGGUUACUCUCUAUAACAUAUAAUAUGGUUUAGCCAAUCAUGAGUUAAAGCAUCUAGCAGAUGCAUAUACACUUAAAAAUAUGAGAAGGACUAUAGAUUUCACAACAAGUUCUAAAAUGAGUAAAAAUCUGUUCAAGAAUCUUAGAAAUGAGCAAAAAUUUGGUUUGAGAGCUAUUGUGAAAAAGAGUGCAAAAUCCUUGCUAUAAAAUCAAACCAUUGUUGGACUCAAGCUAGCCUCUUUAAAGCCAUUGAUUAAUAAUUGUGAGUUCUUUUUUAUUGAAGCAGAGGAUUUGUCUAUUACAGUUAAAAUUGUCUACAGAGAAUAAAAGUGGUCGAUGUGCGGACCUCCAAAAAUACUCUCAGAAGCUGUGCUACUAACUUUUUCAAUUACUUAGAAACAACUUUUAGAAUUAAGAAAAAACAUUAAAAGUCCCGAGAAUAAAAGAUUGACGUUGGCUAACUCUUUUGAAUUUGAUAGCAUUAAACUCUUGAGAAUAUUCAACGAAAUGGAUAGAUCUAAAUCAGCAUAUCUACUUAACUCUGGUGCGACUCCUUUAAUACUAUAGAAAUAGAUUGGGUAACAGCAAGAGGAUGAUGCUAGAGUAUGA